ACUCCACUCGCCCUAGGCAGCGGGGCGCAGGGGCCGGUGCGCGGCCAGGGGCGGCCGCUGCGCGCGCGUCUCCUCCAGCCCGGAGAGCGAGCAAAGCGCUGGGCCGGCCGGGGCAGAGCGCGCACGCCGAGGGGAACCGGGCCGCUCAGCUCGGUGCCGCCGGGCAGCCCCGCGCCUGCCUGGGCGGGAGGGAGCAAGUCUGUGCUGUGCCCCGCCAGCAAACGUAGGAGGAAUAAAGGUUUGGGCAAGUCAGAAAUCAUGGCUUCUGAUGCUAGUCAUAUGCUUGAAGCAGCCCUAGAGCAGAUGGAUGAUAUCAUUGCAGGUACUAAGGCAGCCACAGAAUAUGCAAAUGGCAUCUAUGACAUUGUGUCACCUGCUCCAUCAGUAUAUUUGGGCACAUUCCAAAUUUUGCAUCUGCUAGAAGACCUGAAGAUGGCACUAGAAAUGCUAGAGGAUCCUCAAGACAGAGAAGCAUUACGGAAUCAGAUACCGGGGGAUACAGCAAGAUGUAUACGGGAGUGGCUGGAGGAAAACCUGUCUCAGGUGAAUCAUCUUUCUUCUGCUAACAAUGAAACCUAUCAAGAACGACUGGCACGAUUAGAGGGUGAUAAAGAAUCCCUCAUAUUGCAGGUGAGUGUCCUCACGGAUCAGGUGGAGGCCCAAGGAGAGAAAAUCCGGGACCUAGAAGUCUGUCUUGAGGGGCAUCAGUUAAAACUUAAUGCUACUGAAGAAAUGCUUCAACAGGAGCUGCUAAGUCGAACGUCACUAGAGACUCAGAAACUAGAUCUAAUGGCAGAAGUUUCAGACCUGAAGAUUAAGUUGGUUGGCAUGGAAAAGGAACAGAGUGAAUAUGAAGAGAAGCAGAACAAAGCUGAGGGUUUGCUUCAGGAACUCAAACAUCUCAAAAUUAAAGUGGAAGAGCUGGAAAAUGAAAGAACCCAAUAUGAAUGGAAGUUAAAAGCAACCAAAGCUGAAAUAGCCCAGCUUCAGGAGCAGUUAGCUCUCAAAGAUGCAGAAAUUGAACGUUUACAGAGUCAGCUCUCCAGGACCUUGGUGCAUAAUGAAAUUGCAGAAAGAGGGGAACUAUAUAGGAGAAGGCUAAAAGAAAAACAUCAAGAAGUUCAGCGACUGAAGAUAGGAAUGGAAUCGUUGUUAGCUGCAAAUGAAGAAAAGGAUCGUCGAAUAGAGGAGUUAACAGUGCUGCUAAGCCAGUACAGAAGGAUGAAGGAGAUAAUGUUAGCAGCUCAUGGCUCUUCCGAGAGAAUGCUGUCUGGUAGCAGUGAAGAGGAACUUGAGGCAAGUUUGAAGAAGUGGAAUCUCAUGAAUAAGCCCCCAGCAGAAUUACUCAAACCUGAGGUACCUCCAGGAGAAUUGUCACCAACUAUGGAAUCUUUACUGCCACAAAAAACUCUGGAAAUCAGUGGAAGCAUUCCAGUUCCUUCAAAUAACUUUAUUUCUCCACAUGAGGAAUCCUUGGAAACCAGAAGUAGGGUUCCACAGAAAAAAAUGUCAAGUAGUCUAGAGGACUUGCAGAGUGAAUCCAUGGAAAAGCAUGUAGACGGGAAACCAGUAGAACCUGUUGUAGAGCAAGAGAAUAAACCAUAUGUGAAGAGUAACAAAUAUCAGACCUUGCCAGGGAAGCUUCUUCGACCCACACACAACGGAGAUCAUGGAACAUACAAUACUCCCACUUCCCUAAAUGUAUUUGGAAUGAAUGACAAUGAGGACAGCAGUGUACUGACCCUGAGAAUGACUGAAGAUCGCAUCAGGAGUAUUAGUGCACCAGUAUUAGGAGAGACAGAGAAUAUGGAUGGUACAAUAACUUCAGAUGAACUUUCACCCCUUUCUUCUGGAACAGAAUCGGGUCCACAGUCUCCAUUGUCUCCAGAAAAUAAAAAGAGCCCAAAAGGCAUCAGGAAAAUCUGGGGAAAAAUAAGAAGAACUCAGUCAGGUAACUUCCAUGCAGACGAUCUAGGUUUAGCUGAAUUUCGAAGAGGUGGUCUCCGUGCAACAGCUGGACCUCGAUUAUCUAGAUCAAAGGAAACAAAGGGGCAGAAGAGUGACUACAAUGCCCCCUUUGCUCAGUGGAGCACUGAAAGAGUUUGUAACUGGCUUGAGGACUUCGGUCUUGGUCAGUAUGUCAUUUUUGCACGGCAGUGGGUGACUUCUGGCCACACGUUAUUAACAGCAACACCUCAGGACAUGGAAAAGGAACUAGGAAUAAAACAUCCUCUGCACAGGAAGAAAUUAGUCUUGGCCGUUAAAUCAAUAAAUACAAAACAGGAUGAUAAGUCUGCACAACUAGAUCAUAUCUGGGUGACACGAUGGCUUGAUGAUAUUGGCUUACCUCAGUACAAAGAUCAGUUUCAUGAAUCCAGAGUGGAUGGGAGAAUGUUGCAGUACUUAACUGUGAAUGACCUUCUCUUUCUGAAAGUCACCAGCCAGCUGCAUCAUCUCAGUAUUAAAUGUGCCAUUCACGUGCUCCAUGUCAACCAGUUCAACCCUCAUUGUCUACGUAGGAGGCCAGUUGAUGAGAAUAAUAUUUCACCUUCUGAAGUAGUGCAGUGGUCCAAUCACAGAGUGAUGGAAUGGCUCAGAUCAGUAGAUCUGGCAGAAUAUGCACCAAACCUUCGAGGAAGUGGAGUUCAUGGUGGCCUCAUUAUUCUUGAACCUCGCUUUAAUGGUGACACACUGGCAAUGCUUCUUAACAUUCCACCUCAAAAGACCCUCCUGAGACGCCACCUGACCACUAACUUUAACGUGUUAAUUGGGCCAGAAGCACAACAAGAAAAAAGAGAAAUAAUGGAAUCUACAGCUUACACACCUCUGACUACCACUGCUAAAGUUCGGCCAAAGAAACUUGGAUUUUCACAUUUUGGAAACCUACGAAAAAAGAAAUUUGAUGAAUCUACAGAUUACAUUUGUCCUAUGGACACAAGUCCAGGUGCAACUAACGGUACUCAGAAGAGCUAUGGUGGAUACAAAGGACUUAAUCAACUCACUGAUAGGGAAUUGGACAAACUGGAUCAGGUGGGACAAAUAGAUUGAUGUCAUUCUCAUCUCUCAUCCUCUACAUGCAUUCCAAAGCUUGCCAAUAACCUUUUAUUACCAUAUAAUAAAAUCUCUGCUACAUCCGCAUGAACUCAUUGAGAACGUACGUAUGGGCUGUGGACACUUUUGAAGAGUUUUAUUCUGAGAAUGUCAGAUGAAUUAUAUUUUUAUCUUUGUAAGCGUAAACCCAUCCAUCUUCAAGCCCUUUUUCAGGUACAUCAAACCUUUACACUAUGAAAGUUAACGUAUUGGACUGUUAAAAUUGGGAUUAUAGUAGAGAAACCAAAUAUUUUUUGUACUUUUAAUUACAUAAUCCAUGAGUACUGCACAGAUAAAUUUUAUCUUUAUAAGUGGUUUGUAAUGUAAUAAAAUCUUAUUCAGAACAAUUUGUACAGAGAUAUCAAUUUAUAUUUUAUUCUCAGAGAAGUACAACUGGAUUGUAUAUUUUAAGACUAACUGAAGAGUGCAUCAUUUGCACUACGUAAAUGUAUUACUCUAUGAAAUAAUUAUGCUUAAGCAUAUAAACACUCAUGAACAUUAUCAAUUAGACAAUAAAAGAAUACUUUGAAUAAUUCCAUUGUUUUUACAUAUGUAGUGAUCACUUUCUCUCUGUAAUGGAAUGUAGUACACACACACACCCCGUUAUCCAGCCUCCUUCCUGCCAAAGUCUGUGUAAAGUACUGCAAACCCUGAAAAAGGGAGUUGUUGGUGCUUGUGUGAGCUUCUGUAGUGCACAAGAGCCAGAUGUGGGCAGAUCUGCUGGUGUAAAUUAUCAUAGCUCCAGUGACUUCCAUAGAGCUAUGACAAUUUACACUAGCUCAGACUGUUCCAGAGAGAAGCCAGAGUAAAUAAUUAUCCUAAGUGAGAAACCAGAUAAGAGAAUGAUCACAACAUUGAUAAACUGACAAUUCAUUUUUCAUUUGCAUGGUUUACUGCACCUAAUGCAUCAUUUGUGCUCAUCUGUAAAGUAACUCAUUACCUAAUCACUGUCUUUUCUUGUGCAAGUUUGCACUGUGUUAUUUAGAGGACCCCAUUAACAAAAAUGUUUUAGCAUGUUUUAACGAUAAAAAGGUGAAAUGUUUCAUAUCUAGUGGCUCCUGUGUUAGUGUUUACAAAGUAAAAUAGUAUUGUUAAUCUUAUUUAUGUUAAGGAAAUAAGAGACGACCAAAUCCCAACAGAGUUGAACGCGGUCAGUAUCUGUAGUGAAUGUACUGUAUUUUGAUGCUUUGACAUGUUUACUGAAAGGAAAUGUCCAGUUACAAGGUAAAAGCAGCAUCUAAGAAGUGCAUAGUCUCCACUGAUUCUGCUCUGAACAGGGGUGACUUUCGCCCACAGUAAAUUAGUGUCUAUAGCUGAUAAAAACCAAUUGAAAAACUGAAAAUAAGUAAAUUCCAAUAUUUUGUAAGCAACUACUGCCCCUGGUUCACUUUACUGAAGCAGCAUGGAUUUGAUUUAACUUUAACAUUCCACCAUUCCUGACCCCAUUUUAAAUUACUAAAUACAAAUGUUACAAAAUAUUUUGAAUAUUAAAAAAAAUUGGUGACAGUCCAUCUUCCAGCUGAAAAAAUGACCUGGAAGUGAACAUAAUACAUUCACACCUUUGUACACAGUGAAAAAUUAAUACUUUUAAUGAACUACUACUGAACCCUCUUUACAUUUUAGGCCACCUGAUGUGCUCAAACAAUUUAUAUCCCUUUUUAAAAUCAGUAAGAGUAUGAAAGUACUUGUAAUUGCCUGUCUAGUAGGAAUGCAUCAUAUGCAUUACUGAAUGCGUCUUGAAUGUUUUUGACUUCUGAAAAAUAUUACUGUAACACACAGCACUAAAAUUCAUGAGAGGAAACUGAUAAAUUCUUAAAUUUG